AUGUGCAUGGGAGCUACCUGCGCUGAGUGCUCGAAGAAGUCGUGGCGCGGAUGCGGUAACCACAUUCCCUCCGCCAUGUCCGGCGUUCCAGAGGAGGAAUGGUGCACUUGCGAGCCGAAGGUCACAGUCGAUGGCAAGGAAUUUCCCCCGGCAGCCAAGAUGUCGAUUCCCGGCGCUUCCUGGCUUAGCAAUCUCAUCGGCGGUGGACAGAAGCAGAAUACUGGAAAGGGUGAUCUCUAA